AUGAAAUUCACUGUUGAGUAUGAAAAGGACGUAAAAUUGCCCUUUUUGGACACGUACAUCCACCACUCUGGCAACAGUUUUGACAUUUCAUUGUACAGAAAACCCACAUUUACUGGUUACCAAUACGAUGAUACUUCAGAGCACCACCAGAUAACGUGGGGUCAGUCCAACACAAACACCGCUUAUUUUGAUGAUAAAUCUCCGUCGAACGUGACAGCUGUGGUUGGGAAAAGAGCUCGACUCCCGUGUAAAGUUAUUAACUUCAACAAGGAGGAUCACCAAGUAUCGUGGAUCAGGCAGAGAGACAUUCACAUCCUCACUGUUGGAAUCUUUACGUACACCACAGACGAUCGAUUUAAGGUCUUCCACCCCGAGGAGAGCGACGACUGGUUCCUUGAGAUCAACCCCGUGACCUUCAGGGAUGCUGGUGUGUACGAGUGCCAGGUGUCGACGAGCCCCAAGAUCUUCCUCCCCGUCUCGCUCGCUGUGGAAGUGCAACAGGCAAGAAUAAACGGACCAGAGGAACUGUUCAUCCAAAACGGCUCGACCAUUAGACUCAUAUGCAUAAUUAACACACACUCCGAGAACGUUGGGACAGUAGGCUGGUAUCGAGACACUACGGUUUUGGAUUAUGAUUCCCCGAGAGGCGGCGUGAGCGUGGAAAUCGAAAAGACCCCAAUGAAAACGACUUCCAAGCUCUUUCUUACAAGGGCUCUGAAGGGGGACUCGGGAAACUACACAUGCGCGCCGCAGUUCGCUGAGGCGGCAUCGGUUAUGAUACACAUCGUCAAUGGCGAAGAAUCCGCAGCUGUCCAGACUGCCAAAUCAGUCAUGCUUGCCAGAGAUUUAAAGCUCCUUACUACAUGUGUUCUAGUGGCAUUAUCGACCUUAUAUACACGGUGACCCUUUCUGUGGUGAAAAGUUCACGUUUGCGCAAAGAGAUAAAAUCGUAUGAUUUAUCCAGAUGUCUGUGUUUUUCUGUUCAUAGUAGGUAGAAUUUUUGAAAUACUACGUAAUAUUACGUAA